CACUUCUCCCUUCUCCCUCCCGUCGGUUUUCCGCCGAGGCUGACCGGCCCGACAAGCUCCUUGCAACCAUGGAACCUUCCGAUCCCUCCGGCGGGGGCAUGCCGCCGCCGUCGCCGCCCAAGAAGGAGGUCCAGCUCCUGGGCCCCCGGCCCUCCCCGCUCCGGGUCGCCAAGGAGUCCCACGCCAUCAGGAAGCCGCCGCGGCACCCGCCUCCGCAGCACGCGGCGGGGCCCUCGGCGGCGGCGUCGGCGGCGUCGGCGGCGGAGGACCGGCAGCAGCCCACGAUCAUCUUCGACAUCUCGCCGAAGGUCAUCCACGUGGAGGAGCGGAACUUCAUGUCCAUCGUCCAGCAGCUCACGGGGUCCUCCUCCGGCGACCUCUCCCCGGCGGCCAGGCUGGCGGCGAUAGAGCGGACCAGCCCGACGGGCAGGGAGAAGGGUUUCGCCGGCGCCGCCGCGACGGCGGAGAUGGUCGGGUCGUCGGCGAGGGCCGGCGACGACGAGCUGAUGGGCAUGCUGGAAGAACUUGACCUGCGCCAGAUUCAGGGGAUACUGUCGCCGGCGCCGGGGGCUCUCCCGGGGGUAUCGGCGGGGUUCUUCUCGCCGGCGACGGACCCGCACGUGUUGCAAGAUUUGAGCCCGUAUUGGCCCGGCAACUUCAGCUACAACAGCCCAUCGGCAUCGACCCUGUUCACGGCUUUCUCUCCCUCGCCCACCUCAUCGAUCGAUCUCUUCAAUUUGUUCUCUAACUUUUGAGCGUAAAGAAAGGUCUCAGACUUCUUCCGAGCUGUUGCAGAGGGGAACUCAUCACGCGCAACCGAGAAAAUCAAGAACCCUCGGAGGGGUUGGUUUACUUUGACUUUGACUUACUCCACGAAGCUGGAUUCGUCUUCUAGAGAGAGAGAGACGGAGAGGGAAGCGGCAGAAGCAGCAGAAGCUGAUGCUUUAGAAGACAGAGAAUAGGUAAAUUCUUGUAGUGACUAUUAUAUUCCUUUGUUAAUUUUUCUUUCAGUUUUCUCUUGUGGGGUUGGAUUGUGAUGAAAUUUUUUGGGUUUAUACUUGGGGAAGAAGUAGAAAAUAGGGUAGUGUAGUUCGGUCGAGCGAUGAAAAUUAGCGGCUCUCGCCAGAGGUCAUCAUCAUAAGAGCUUUACACCUGUCACGGGAUUUUCGGUUUGUAUCAUAGUUAUUCUGUAUUAUUGACAAGCCUCAAAAGUCCGAUGCGGGCGGCUCUUCACCGCAGCAGCGGGAAGAUAA